GAAAUCCCCUUUACUUUAACCGAUUAUUAAAAUUGCACGAAACUUUAAAAAAUCAAUAUUUAGUACAAAAUGUUGUUGUAUCACAUAAAGUCCCGUUAGUACUGUAGUUUUUUUAGGCAGAGAAUCCAAACAAAUGGCUUCCAUAUCCAUUAACUGUUUCUUCACUCCUCAAGCUCUAGCCCGACCCAGCAGGACACGGAAGAUCUUCGCUAAACCUGACAAAGUCUCGGGAAGAACCCGAAACCCUAGAAAGACGAAGCUCCAACGCGAAGUGGAGCUUAAAUCUCGAGGCGGUGAUAAACUCCAGCCGGUUUCCGACGCCGGCGGCGAAGCCACUACUUAUACACGUCUUCCUCCUAGGGAGGAUUUCUCUGAUGUCUCUCUUUUGUCUUCAUCUUAUUUAAAAGUUUCUGAAGAAGUGAAGUUAUCUGAGUCAAAUGUCGCAAGGGUUGAGGAAAAGAUUGAACCUUUGGGGGGAAAUGAGGAAGAAGAGAAAGAAAAAGAGGUGAAGAGUUAUGAUGAUGAUGAUAUUUGGGGAAAUUAUAGAAGAUUGGAUGUGUUUGAAGGUAAUUCAGGAUCAAUUGAUGAAGAUGAUGAAGAUUGGGAAGAUGAAGUGUUUGAGUAUGGUGAUGAUACGGAUGAGAGUGAAGGAUCUGGAUUGAAGGAUGGAGAAGUUUUAUGUUUCUCGGGUGGAGAGGGAGAGGAAGAGGAAGAUGAUGAUGAAAUUGGGGUGAAGGAGAAAGGGGUUCCGGCGGUGAUGAGGUGUUUCGAUAGAGCGAAGAUAUUUGUUAAAGCUGGAGAUGGAGGGAACGGUGUGGUGGCGUUUAGGAGAGAAAAGUUUGUUCCUUUUGGAGGACCUUCAGGUGGAGAUGGAGGGAGAGGAGGGAAUGUGUAUGUAGAGGUUGAUGGGUCUAUGAAUUCGUUGUUGCCGUUUCGUAAGAGUGUGCAUUUCAGGGCGGGAAGAGGGGAACAUGGGAGAGGGAAGAUGCAGAGUGGAGCUAAAGGAGAUAAUGUUGUGGUGAAAGUGGCUCCUGGGACGGUGGUGAGACAGGCUAGAGAGGUUGGGAGUGAGGUGGAGGGUGAGGAAGGGGAGGAGAAGGAGGUGCUUUUGGAGUUGCUGCAUCCGGGACAGAGGGCAUUGUUGUUGCCUGGAGGGAGAGGUGGACGAGGGAAUGCUUCGUUUAAGUCGGGGAUGAAUAAAGUUCCUAGGAUUGCUGAAAAUGGUGAAGAAGGUCCUGAAAUGUGGCUGGACUUGGAACUGAAGCUGGUCGCAGACGUUGGGAUUGUGGGUGCUCCAAAUGCAGGAAAGAGCACGUUGUUGAGCGUGAUAAGUGCCGCACAGCCAACCAUAGCAAAUUACCCAUUCACCACAUUACUUCCCAAUCUAGGUGUGGUUUCGUUUGAUUACGAUUCAACAAUGGUGGUCGCAGAUCUUCCUGGUUUGCUCGAAGGAGCGCACAGAGGCUUCGGUUUAGGCCAUGAGUUUCUACGGCACACUGAGAGAUGUUCAGCACUGGUACAUGUCGUGGAUGGUUCAGCUCCGCAACCUGAACUUGAGUUUGAAGCUGUUCGUCUCGAACUGGAACUAUUCAGUCCUGAGAUCGCCGAGAAGCCUUACGUAGUGGCAUACAACAAAAUGGACCUCCCAGAUGCUUACGAGAAGUGGCCAAUGUUUCAGGAAACUCUUCGUGCCCGUGGGAUUGAACCUUUUUGUAUGAGCGCAGUACAAAGAGACGGCACACAUGAAGUAAUCUCGUCCGUUUAUGAACUCCUGAAGAAGUACAGAGCAGCCAACGCAGAACCCAAAGCAUUGUUCGAUCAAGCAAAUGAGAAUCUGGACCAUGUAGCUAAGAAGAUUGAUAAAGAACGACGAGCAGCCAUUAAUGAGUUUGAGAUCUUCCGCGAUAGCGGUACCAGGGCUUGGCAUGUAGUUGGAGCCGGGCUUCAACGGUUUGUCCAGAUGACUAACUGGAGGUACAUGGAUUCAGACAAAAGGUUUCAGCAUGUACUUGAUGCUUGUGGUGUGAACAAAUCACUGAAGAAUAUGGGCGUUAAAGAAGGCGAUACCGUGAUCGUAGGAGAGAUGGAGUUGAUAUGGCAUGACUCAGCCAAUGGCUCGAGCCGUCCUACGGAUUCAAACAAGACUUCGACAGACUCAGUCAGAUGGCCUCAAUGGAAAUGAACCAUUUAAGGUCUCUCUUGGAGUUGGAGUGUUUCUUUAACUGACGCAAGAAGUGAAUCGCAUUACUUUCUCAGCCUUUGGAUUGAACCAGUUGCAGAUCAUUGAAUCGAUUUUUUUAGAUGUACUAUUAAUAAGACUAGGGGUCGACC